AUGUCAACCUCUACACCCACAUCUCCUCGACCGACCCCCACAACCGACCCCGCAGCACUCACCUUCACCACUCAAACCCACGACACGAGCUACCCAUUCAUCGACCCCCUCCGCGGCCCACCCACCGGCCUCAAAGUCCUAGUGACAGGCUCUUCCAAAGGCAUAGGCCGCCAGACCGCCCUCUCGUUCGCUCGAUCCGGCGCCUCGGCCAUCGCGCUCCUCGCCCGCUCGGACCUCGACGCCGUAGCAAGUGAGGUAGCCGCCGCAGCGCGCCAAGCAGGCCACGGGGACCCAGGGCCCAAGAUCCUCAAGCUCCAGAUCAGCACGACUGACGCGGCGGGCGUGGAGCGCGCGAUCGCCACCGUCGAGCGCGAGUUCGGAUUUCUAGAUGUUGUCGUCAACAAUGCGUCGAGGAUGGAGGUGUGGCGGUCCUUGGCGGACGCGGACGUCCACGACUGGUGGGACACGUGGGAGGUCAAUCUCAAGGGCACCUUUCUCGUGAGUCGCGCGACGUUGCCUUUGGUCUUGAAGAGCGAGAAGGGCCUCAAGACCAUGGUGGUGAUUACGAGUGCGGGGGGAUUCAGUGCUGCCCCCGGCUGCAGUGCGUAUCAGGGCAGCAAGACUGCGCAGAUCAGAUUCAACGACUUCCUGAUGAGAGAGUAUGGCGAGCAGGGAUUGAUUGCGUAUGCUGUCCAUCCGGGAAGCGUCAAGACUGACGUCGCGAGCGUCAUGCCUGAGUGGAUGCAUCAUAUACUUACGGCGGAGGCGGAUUUGCCGGCUGAUACACUCGUUUGGCUCACGAGGGAGAGGAGAGAAUGGCUCGCUGGCAGAUACGUCAACGCUCCCUGGGAUAUGGAAGAGCUGGAGUCGAGAAAGGACGAGAUCGUGGAAAAGGAUCUGCUAAAGCUGAAGUUGAUUGUGUGA